UAAUUGACAACACUACUAGUUUGUCUAUCAAAGGCAUAACUUACAGUGGCCCCAGCUUGUCAAUCGUUAAGAUGAAAGCAAUCCUCGAUCCAACUUUUCAACCGAUUGUUGACAAAUAUCCGGAACUGAAUUGCCCAUCUAACGAUCUCCCGUGUAUAACCAGCAAUGUUAUGCACCACAUCAUAACCUCAGGACAGCCCGUGACAUCUAAAGCACGACGACUGGCCCCUGAUAAACUGAGAAUUGCCAGAAACGAAUUCGAUCAUAUGCUCACCCUUGGCAUCAUUCGACCAUCGAAUAGUCCAUGGGCAUCCCCAUUGCAUAUGGUACCGAAAAAGGAUAGCAACGAUUGGCGACCCACUGGUGAUUACCGGCGAGUGAACGCCAAAACAACUCCUGAUUGCUACCCUUUGCCUCACAUACACGACUUGACGGCAACGUUAUCUGGAGCAUCUAUAUUCUCCAAAAUCGACUUGGUUAAAGCAUAUAACCAAAUCCCGAUGGCAACGGAAGAUAUUCCGAAAACGGCUAUCAUCACGCCUUUCGGACUUUUCGAAUUCCUACGUAUGCCAUUCGGCCUCCGGAAUGCGGCCCAAACAUUCCAACGCUUCAUCAACGAAGUAUUUCGCGGUCUCGACUUUGUAUACUCAUACUUAGACGACUGCCUCAUUGCCAGUCCAGAUAAGGAAACUCACCUUAGACACUUGGACUUGGCAUUUGAAAGGUUACGCCAACAUGGUGUUACCAUCAAUAUACAGAAGUGUCAGAUAGGCGUUGACUCACUCGAUUUUCUGAGUCACACUAUUGACUGUCAGGGCAUUCGCCCACUGGCUACUUCGGUCGAUCACUCUAAGAAAACGCGUUCUGGACGUCACGUUAGAUUCCCAGAAUACCUUCACACCUAUUUCACAUAACUGAGUGACACAUCAAUUGUUUUUUAUGUUGCGUCAUUUAACACAAGUAAAUGAUAUUUUUCCUAUAACCGUACAUAAAAUUAUAUAAGAUGUAUAUUUUUUUUUCCCGAUAUUUUGAACUUUACAUUAUUUUACUGUAUAGUAGAUGCAUGUCAUAUUUUUUUUGGUAAAAAAAAACGCUUAUUUGGUACAUUUUUCUUGACAAGGUUCUCAGCAUUCUUGUUUUCUUUUCCAGGUGCAACGGGCACUGGACAGGAAACAAACGAAGCACGGGAUCCAACGAACAACACCGAGGAAGCUAUGUACAGACACCCUAUUAGCAUAGGCAGACAGACCAGCAGGCUCUCAAUCAAGCCGCUCGGAAGAUUUUUUUCACCCAUAAGGGAACCAUCGAGAUUUUUUUACUUCCGGCUGGUCAUGUCUUAGGGUCCUCACAAACCCACUAGGGGGGGGAGUGAGCUGUAGCGGUAAAUAAUUCCCCAAAAUUAUUAACCACAGUAAUCAUCACUC